AUGGCCUUGGGCGUGUUCCCGCUCCUCGUGUCCGAGGCGGCCUCUCACCUCCUCCUGGGGUUAAGGGUCGUUAACCCCAUCCCUGAAAAUCGCCUUCUCCUGAACGGGCUGCAGAAGGUGCCGGGGGUACUGAUCUCCGCUGCCGUGCCAGUCGGCCACGUGCUAUCCGCGAGGCACUGGAGCGCGGGGGCCUCGAUCCUCAUCUGGCUUCAGGUUUUCGUUGGAAGCGCCAUCGUCAUUUAUCUUGACGAGGCCCUCAGAAAGGGCUACGGCCUCCUUUCUGGCAUUCCAUUGUGCACCGCCGCCAAUGUUUGUGCAACUCUUCUCUGGAGGGCCUUCAGGGAUGGCAAACAUGGAGACGUUGCGGCGACGUUUGGCUUCUUUCUGCUUGUCUGCAGGUUACAAGGUUUGCAUGCUGCGUUGCCACUGACAAGGCCACGGCGAUCGCCAGACGAUGAGGCUGCUGCUAGGUUUCAGGCCAACUACAGCAUUGACAUAUCCUACCUCUCAUAUGCUCCCAUCCUCGUCCAAGCCAUGCUCCUUUCAUGCACCUAUGUAUUCUCAGAGCAAUUAUACAUGAAAUUUGGCGGGGACAAGCUGGUCAAUCUGCUCGGCAAGUGGGAACGAUCUAAAAGUUUUGGAGGGUUUGUCCCAGUAAGCGGGAUCGCCUGCUACCUAACCACACCACCAACCUUGGCUGAUGUAGCAAGAGACCCGGUACACACAUGCCUCUAUGCCGCCUUGCUGCUGGGCGGCUGCGCUUAUGUGUCGACGGCCUGGUUCGUGCUGCGCCGGUACUCAAAGAGAUAUGUGGCCCGGCUGGUUGGGGACGGAGUGAGCGUGACGCCUGCGCAGGCGGACUCGAUUUCCGUCAGCCGGUGGAACGGCCGUGUCGCCAUGGUGGCCUUCGCCGUUGGACUCUGUGUCGGCGCUCUGACCCCCCUGGCGGGCUUCAUGCGCGUCACCGGUUCCGGCACCGGAACCAUGUUCGCCGUCACCGGCGUAUACUCUUCCUGCUUCCACGCCAGAGCUUCUUCUGGGACCGGCGCGUUUGGACUCUGA